AGAAUUUCGGUUUGAUCAUUGAUGUCAUAAAACCUCAAAUUUAGCAAAAAUUAUUUUUUAUGGGUUUGUGAUCCACAAUUUUGAUGCAAGCCCAACCUAGAAUUCUAGAUGUGGGCAACAAAUUAAAACCCCUGUUAUCCAAUCACAAACCCUAGAUUUAUUCUCUUCUACAAUUUUGAAAACGUAUAUGUUCUUUUGCACACUUUCCAUAUGUAACUCAUAUAUGUCAGUGUCACCGUCCAUUUCAACAGUGAAUCGCUACUUGAUUUGUGGAAACACAUUGCUUUGAUUUUUCUUCUCGUUUCCGUGUUUGCCCAAUCUUUUUUUUUUUUGGGUAAGUAAGAUUUAGAACCAAUCUAUCUUUCCGUGUUUGCCGUAUCUAUUUUGAAUUCUGAUUGAAGGGAGAUUUGAUUCAGUGAAAUCCAGAGGUGCCCCAAGAGUUUGGGGCCAAAUCGGUGAAUUGGGUGUUGAUCUGUUUGUAGUUUUAGCCACUAGUUACUGUUGAAUUGUUGAAUCAUUUUACAUACAAAUCAAAGAAACAGGGGGUGUGAAUGAGGGGAAGAUGAUAGGGGUGUUUUUGAUUCUAGAGAGACAAUGACUGGAGGGUCAUUGGGGAUCCGGUCUGGUAGUUAUGGGUCAUUGGAUAAACAGCUGCAAAUCAACGGCAACGGUGUAUUACCAAUCCAGACGACAACACGCAGUAAACCUCCAAAAAUGCUCAAGGAGAAGGAAAGAUUGUUCCAUUGGAUCUGCAAGUUCGCCGGCCGCAAGAAGGUUGGGAUGAUGCUUCUUUGCUUAGUCUCGGCCGCAGUUUUUGUCUGGGUUUUGUAUGUAGGCAAAGGUGAAGAUUCACAGGAUGGUGAUCGCAAUAUUAAUGUGCUCAAUAAUGGCAGCUCGUUUAUAAAUUCUCUCAGUUUUUCACCAACAAACAGAGAGCAAAGUAAUAGCGUGGACAGCAAAACUUCUAUCACAGGAGCCUUUGAAAAUUUUACUUUGGCCCCUCCCCUUCCUCAAUAUUUUACGGGCUAUACUCUUCCACAGGGGCAUAUAUGUAAUAAUUUUGCUUUACCGCCACCACCAGCCGAUAAAAAGAGAACUGGACCACGCCCAUGUCCUGUAUGCUACCUACCUGUGGACGAAGCAAUUGCCUUAAUGCCAAAGGCUCCGUCAUUUUCUCCUGUGCUCAAGAAUCUUACUUAUAUCUAUGAGGAGAAGUUAAAUAGAGAGACAGAAUUUGGGGGCUCAGAGUUUGGUGGAUAUCCUUCUUUGGGUCAAAGAAGUGAUUCUUAUGAUAUAAGAGAGUCAAUGAACGUGCACUGUGGAUUUGUCAAAGGAAUUAAACCUGGUCAUCAGACUGGAUUUGACAUGGAUGACUCUGACCUUCUUGAGAUGGAGCAGUGCCGUGGUGUGGUUGUUGCAUCGGCAAUAUUUGGAGCUUUUGAUUUGAUACAGCAGCCUAGUAAUAUCAGUGAAUAUUCCAAGAAGAACGUUUGUUUCUUCAUGUUUGUGGAUGAAGUAACAGAAGCUUAUUUGAAAAAUAAUAGUGGGUUGGACAGCUACACGAGAGUUGGCCCGUGGAGAGUGGUUGUUGUCCAUAAUCUUCCUUACACAGAUGGAAGACGCAAUGGCAAGAUUCCGAAGCUUCUUGUGCAUAGGAUGUUUCCUAAUGCCCGCUAUUCCUUAUGGAUUGAUGGAAAACUGGAGCUUGUUGUCGAUCCAUAUCAAAUUCUUGAAAGGUUCCUCUGGAGAAAAAAUGCAACUUUUGCGAUUUCUAUACAUUAUAAACGCUUUGAUGUGUUUAUUGAAGCUGAGGCAAAUAAAGCUGCUGCAAAAUAUGAUAAUGCUUCUAUUGACUUUCAAAUCGAAUUUUACAAAAAAGAAGGCUUGACACCUUAUUCUGAAGCUAAGUUGCCCAUUACAAGUGAUGUUCCCGAGGGAUGUGUUAUAAUAAGGGAGCAUGUCCCCAUCAGCAACCUCUUUACAUGUCUUUGGUUCAAUGAAGUGGAUCGCUUCACUUCCCGAGACCAAAUUAGUUUUUCCACUGUGAGAGACAAGAUUAGGGCUAAGACUAAUUGGACUGUUAAUAUGUUCUUGGACUGCGAAAGGCGCAACUUUGUUGUUCAGAAAUACCAUAGAGACGUAUUAGAACGCCUGAGGUCACCUGUGCCAGUUGCCAGACAUCCCCCUCCAUUACCACCAGUUUUGGUUAAUGCAUCGCCAGUGAAAUUGUCAGCCAAGACUUCCCUCGAAAGGGCUGCACCCCCUCCUCCAGGCCGGAAGCUCCCCAGACGUGCUAGGGAUAGGAGGUCUGGUUCAAGGCGCCACCGAAAAAUUGUUGCUGUUGCUGGUGCUGGUGCUGGUGACACUGAUUCCGGUUAAAAUUUUGUCAGACGCGGGUAUCAUUCUUUUUCCUUCCCCCCCUUUUUUUUCCCCAAAUUAUUCAUUGCAGGGAUCAAAAGAUUUGCGCACGAAGAGGAGCAUUGUAGUUCUGUUUCCAUUGGAACACAAUCUCAAUUUUGAUACGUUGGGGCAUCCAUCCGUCAAUCAUCUUUCAAUUUUUUUAUUGUAUAUAUUUGUUUAAUUCCAAUAAACAACACAUGGUUUGGCAGAAUCCUUUGUCAUGGGGAAAACAAAGCCAUUUCCAUCUGUUGUUCCAUUGUUGUAGCAAAUGUUGUAUCCGAACCUCAAUUGUCUAUUACCUAUAUUUAAAGCUUAAACACUACUCCACUUGCAUUAAA